CAGUUUUUUUUUGAUACAUUGUUCAAAAGCUUUUACCAACCAAAUCCAAUACUACAAAGCAACCAUGCUCGGCGUUAUUUCCAAGAUUGUGACGACCUUCCACGGCAGCUCCAACCUCGAGACGGACGUUGAGAACUUUUACGACCUCAAGUGCACCGACAUUCUCGGCAACCCGUUCGACUUUGCGUCCCUGCGCGGCAAGGUCGUGCUGGUCGUGAACGUUGCGUCAAACUGCGGAUUGACCAAGAGCAACUACACGGAGCUCCAGCAAAUCUACUCUGAGCUCAAGGACAAGGGCUUUGAGAUUAUUGCCUUCCCAUGCGCUCAGUUCCUCAACCAAGAGCCCGAAACCGGAGCAAAGAUCCUCGACUUCGGCAAGACCCGCUUUGGUGUGACUUUCCAGCUCAUGGAAAAGACCAAGGUCAACGGCCAAGAGGCCCAUCCAGUCUACCGCUUCCUCCGUAGCAAGACCGACCCCAGCCCGAUUGACUGGAAUUUCUCAAAGUUCUUGAUCGACCGAACUGGCUCUACCAUCCAGCGCUUUGGCGCCAGCGUUCGCCCGAAGGAGAUUGAGCCCGAAAUCAUCAAGCUGCUUGACGCUUCUUCGUAAUCGCACGCUUUGAUGGAUUGUUUGUUUCAUACUGGCUGCUUUUGUUGUUGUUUGUCUGUUUGUUUGCUGCCUUUUGGGCUCGUUUUUUUUGAUUGAUGCUUCAAAGUAAAUCCUUCAACAACUUCAAGACACAUUGCCUG